CACUCUCUGCAGGCGUCUUUGAGCAAGAUGGGAGUUUACCACAUCUGCAUCUCCACCGGAGACUCCUUGUAUGCAGGGUCCAAUAACCAGGUGCUGCUGUGGCUUGUGGGACAGCAUGGAGAGGCAUCACUAGGGGCACUGCUAAGACCCUGCAGGAACAAGGAGGAGGAAUUCACGGUGAACGUGUCCCAGUACCUUGGACCACUGCUGUUUGUGAAACUGCAAAAACGGCAUUUUCUUAAGGAUGACGCUUGGUUCUGCAACUGGAUCACUGUGAAGGGCCCUGGGGACCAAGGAAGAGAGCACAGAUUCCCCUGUUACCGCUGGGUGACGGGCAGCAACAUCCUGAGGCUCCCUGAAGGCACAGGUUGCACUGUGAUUGAGGACCUUCAAGGCCUGUUCAAGGAACACAGGGAGGAGGAGCUGAAAGAGAGAAGGAGUCUGUACAGGUGGGGCAACUGGAAGGAUGGCUUAAUCCUGAAUGUGGCAGGGACCAGUUUAUCUGACCUCCCUGUGGAUGAGCGCUUUCGGGAGGACAAAGAAUUUGAAUUUAACACUUCACUUACUGUGGGGUUUGCAGAUGUUGCUAUCAACUUGCCUCUAAACGCUAUCACUACCUGGAAUAAUCUGGAUGACUUCAAUUGUGUUUUCAAGAGUGGCCACAGCAAGCUGGCUGGGCGGGUUCGUGACUCCUGGAAGGAGGAUGCCUUUUUUGGAUACCAGUUUCUCAAUGGUGCCAACCCCAUGCUUCUGAGGCGCUCCAAUUGCCUUCCUGACCGCCUAGUGUUUCCCCCAGGCAUGGAGGAGCUGCAGGCUCAGUUGUUGAAGGAGCUCCAGGCAGGCACUCUGUUUGAAGCUGAUUACUCCAUUCUGGAUGGGAUCAAAGCCAAUGUCGUCCUGUGUAGGCAGCAGUACCUCGCUGCCCCUCUGGUCAUGCUGAAGCUACAGCCUGAUGGGCAACUCUUACCCUUGGCAAUCCAGCUUGAGCUGCCAAAAGUCGGAUCCACUCCACCGCCUAUUUUCUUGCCCACGGAUCCCCCAAUGGUCUGGCUCCUCGCCAAAUGUUGGGUCCGCAGCUCUGACUUCCAGCUUCAUGAGCUGCAGUCUCAUCUGCUGAGGGGACACUUGAUGGCUGAGGUCUUUGCUGUGGCCACCAUGAGGUGCCUUCCAUCCCUACACCCUGUCUUCAAGCUUGUGGCUCCUCACCUGCAGUACACCAUGGAAAUUAACGUGCGGGCCAGGAAUGGACUGAUCUCAGAAUGUGGCAUUUUUGAUAGGAUCGUGAGCACAGGUGGGGGAGGCCACCUGCAGCUGAUCAAGAAGGCCGGAGCCCUGCUGACCUACAGCUCUUUCUGCCCUCCUGACGACUUGGCUGAGCGGGGGCUUCUGGACGUUAAGUCUUCCUUCUAUGCCCAAGAUGCACUGAAGCUGUGGGAAAUCACGUACCGGUAUGUGGAGGGAACCCUCAGUCUCUACUAUAAGACAGACGCAGACGUGAGAGAUGACUACGAAUUGCAGAACUGGUGUCGGGAGAUCACGGAAAUUGGGUUGCGAGGGGCCCAGGACCGAGGAUUCCCCACCUCUCUGCAGUCCCGGGCCCAGGCUUGCCACUUUGUCACCAUGUGCAUCUUCACCUGCACUGGCCAGCAUGCCUCUGUCCACCUGGGUCAGCUUGACUGGUUCUUUUGGAUCCCUAACACACCGUGCACCAUGCGACUGCCCCCACCCACCACCAAGGAUGCAACAUUGGAGACCCUGAUGGCUACACUGCCCAACCCUAAUCAGGCGAAUCUCCAGAUGAAUGUUAUCUGGCACCUGGGCAGACGUCAGGCUGUUAUGGUGCCUUUGGGCCAGCAUCGAGAGGAGUACUUUUCAACACCUGAGGCCAAGGCUGUGCUGAAGAAAUUCAGAGAGGAGCUGGCUGUCCUGGAUAAAGAAAUUGAGAUGCGAAACAAAAGCCUAGACAUACCCUAUGAGUACCUGCGGCCCAGCCUGGUGGAGAACAGUGUGGCCAUAUGAGUGUCCCAAGCAUGUGGUGGCUUCAGGGGCAGCCUGACCCUCCUCUCAGCGUGCAGCCCUUCCCCCACACCCUGCUUUCUUCCCAUGGCCCCUCCCCCAGGAGCCACUUCCCCAUAGUGUGUGGAACCCUUGCCUGCAGAAGGAUGGCUGGGGGUUCUGCUUCCUCCUCCACCACCAUCCUUUCUUCUUUUCCCUCCUUCUCUUCUCCCUUAGGUCUAAUAGGCAUAUUUAGAAAAUAAGUCUUUCAAGAAUAAAGUAGGGUGAUAGUAUAUAUUGUCCCACACCUGUAGGAAUCAAAAUAGAUACUGAAUCUUAAUUGAUUGUAACAAAGAUAUUUAGCCUCAGGAUAGAAAAGAACAUAGGUCAAAUUAUCUUAAAUAAAAUGUUUGCAUCAAAA